UUUCAAUAAUGUCUAAUGUCUAAAUGUCUAGUGUUUUUCUGUAAAAAGUUAGUACACAUUUUCCAGAGUCCACAAUCAUCCCCUUUGAAUUGAACAUCACCACUAUCACACCUACCCCUCCUUUUUUCUUUUUUUCUUUUCUUUUCUUUUCUUUCUCUCUCUCUCUCUAAGUUCAGCUUCAAAAUCAAUGUCUUACUUCUCAGCAGCAUGGUGCUAGGGUUCGUUUUGUUCCUCUCCAAACAUGGUCUUCAAGGGAAGGUUCUUCUCUUCCAAGAAAUCCGAUUCUUCUAGCCCCGAUGCGUCCUCCAAUAGUCCUCGAUCUUUCUCCUCCAAUUCCCCUUCCAGAUCCGACAAGAAAAAAACUAAAUCCGCCGCGAAUCAAACCCUAGCCGCCGCUUCCGCCGUCGGCAGCGGCGGCGGCGGCGGUCUCGCUCCGUGCCGGCAGACGCAGGUCAAGGAUGGAACUAAGAAGAAGGAUGUGGUCAAGGGGAAAGAAAGUCAAACGCCGCCGCCGGAUUCUCGAAAGGAUUCUCCGGCAAAGAAGUUGAUGGCGGCGGAGGGACGGGAGUCGCCGUCGUCGUUGUCGGUGUCGCCGAUUCUGGCGUCGUCGCUGGGGCUGAACAGGAUCAAGACGAGAUCGGGGCCGCUGCCGCAGGAGAGCUUCUUCGGAUUCAGGGGCGAGAAAGGGACGGCGGCGCUCGGCGGCAGCAACCUCUCCCGGCCGGGUGUCGGUGCCCGCGCCGGCGAUGGGAAGAAGAAGGAGGUGGCGAACCAGAGCAGGGUGGGGUUUCAUGAGGAUUCCGUCGGCGGUGCCGCCGCCACCGGAGGUUGGGGCGAUAACGGGAGCAAUUCCGAUAGCGUUUCGACGUCGGGGAGCUUGCCGUCGCGGGAGCAGAGUCCGGUCGUGUUGCCGCGGUCGCGGUUGCAGAACGGAGAAUCAUCAUCGGAAGCUGCAGGCAAACAGGUAUCAUCACGGGCUCAGUCUGGAGGCUUAAAAAGUGCAGAUAUUUGUACUCCAGAGACAGCAUAUGAUUUUGAAAACCCAAAGGAGUCUGAAUCUCCUCGUUUUCAAGCUAUAUUGCGCGUCACUAGUGCACCCAGAAAGAGGUUUCCUUCAGAUAUCAAAAGUUUUUCCCACGAGCUGAAUUCGAAAGGUGUCUGGCCUUUUCCAUUUUCGAAGCCUCGGCGGUUAAAUAACCUUGAGGAGAUUUUGGUUGUUAUUAGAGCAAAAUUUGAUAAAGCAAAGGAAGACGUGAACUCUGAUCUGGCUAUUUUUGCGGCAGACCUGGUUGGAAUUCUUGAAAAAAAUGCAGAUACUCAUCCUGAUUGGCAAGAGACCAUUGAGGACUUGCUAGUUUUGGCCAGGAGCUGUGCUAUGACUUCAUCCGGUGAGUUUUGGCUUCAGUGUGAAAGCAUAGUUCAGGAGUUGGAUGAUAGGCGUCAAGAGCAUCCUCCAGGGAUGCUAAAGCAGCUUCACACUCGAAUGCUUUUCAUUCUCACAAGGUGUACCCGAUUAUUGCAAUUCCAUAAGGAAAGUGGUUUGGCUGAGGAUGAACCUGUUUUCAAUCUCCGUCAAUCCAGAGUCUUGCAUUCUGCUGGAAAAUUUAUUCCUCCUAGUGUGGGAAGGGAUACUAAAAGUUCAAGUGCUGCAAAGGCCUUAAAGCCUUCAUCGAAAAAAGCUUUUAGUCAAGAGCAGAGUAUGAUGGGUUGGAAGAAAGAUGUUAUGCAACCAGAAAAUUUAUCUAUUCCUGCUGAUGAUGACAAUGCAAAACUCUUUGACUCUUCUUCAGGCAGGAAUCGAAUGGCUUCUUGGAAGAAAUUCCCUUCUCCAACAGGAAGAAGCCCUAAAGAAGCUGUUCAGUUGAAGGACCAAAAUUAUGGGAGGGUUGAAUCUUCAAAGGCAUCAAAUAAUAAGAGAUUCACUUCCGAUGUGGAUCUCUCUACUGCUAAGCCAUCUGAGCUUCUUCCUGUCAAAGAUUCCUUGGAUCAUGCUUCCAAACACCAACACAAAGUUUCCUGGGGAUACUGGGGAGAUCAGCAGAAUAAUAAUAGCGAGGAGAAUUCAAUAAUCUGUCGUAUAUGUGAAGAGGAUGUUCCUACUUCACAUGUUGAAGAUCAUUCAAGGAUUUGUGCAGUUGCUGAUAGAUGUGAUCAGAAGGGACUGAGUGUCAAUGAGCGUCUUGUCAGAAUUUCUGAUACACUAGAAAAGAUGAUGGAAUCAUGCACACAAAAGGAUACCCAACAAAUGGUGGGAAGUCCCGAUGUUGCAAAAGUGUCAAAUUCUAGUAUGACUGAAGAAUCUGAUGUUCCUUCACCUAAACUUAGUGAUUGGUCUCGCAGAGGCUCAGAGGACAUGCUUGACUGUUUCCCUGAAGCCGACAAUUCUGUUUUUAUGGAUGACCUAAAAGGAUUACCACUUAUGUCAUGUAAAACUCGUUUUGGUCCAAAGUCUGACCAAGGUAUGACAACAUCCUCUGCAGGGAGCAUGACUCCCAGGUCUCCAUUGAUGACACCACGGACAAGUCAGAUUGACUUGCUCUUGGCAGGGAAGGGUGCUUAUUCUGAACAUGAUGAUCUGCCGCAGAUGAAUGAACUUGCUGACAUUGCGCGCUGUGUGGCAAAUGCACCUUUGGAUGAUGAUCGCACGACGUCAUAUUUAUUAUCUUGUCUUGAUGAUUUGCGGGUUGUUGUAGAUAGAAGGAAAUUUGAUGCACUUACUGUGGAGACCUUUGGAACACGUAUUGAGAAGCUGAUUCGAGAGAAGUAUCUGCAGCUCACUGAGAUGGUGGAUGUUGAAAAGAUAGAUACAGAGAGCACUGUUGAUGAUGAUAUCUUGGAAGAUGAUGUGGUUCGCAGCUUGAGAACAAGCCCAAUCCAUUCUUCAAGGGAUCGCACCUCUAUUGAUGACUUUGAGAUUAUAAAACCUAUCAGUCGUGGGGCAUUUGGAAGGGUUUUCUUGGCUAAAAAGAGAACAACUGGUGAUCUUUUUGCAAUAAAGGUUCUCAAGAAGGCAGAUAUGAUCCGUAAGAAUGCUGUGGAAAGUAUAUUAGCAGAACGUGAUAUCUUAAUUACAGUACGCAACCCUUUUGUGGUUCGAUUCUUCUAUUCUUUUACAUGUCGCGAGAACUUAUAUCUUGUCAUGGAAUAUCUUAAUGGAGGUGACCUGUAUUCAUUAUUAAGGAAUUUAGGUUGCUUAGAUGAGGAAGUCGCCCGUGUAUAUAUUGCUGAAGUGGUGCUUGCAUUAGAGUAUUUGCAUUCACUGCGUGUGGUUCAUCGUGACUUGAAGCCCGACAAUUUAUUGAUAGCACAUGAUGGUCACAUCAAGUUAACAGACUUUGGGCUUUCUAAAGUUGGUCUCAUCAACAGCACAGAUGAUCUGUCUGGUCCAGCAGUGAAUGGGACAUCACUACUUGAAGAAGAUGAAACUGAUGUAUUUACAUCCGCGGAUCAAAGGGAAAGGAGGGAGAAACGUUCUGCAGUGGGCACACCUGAUUACUUAGCCCCAGAGAUACUUUUGGGAACUGGACAUGGGUUUACUGCCGAUUGGUGGUCUGUUGGGGUCAUUUUAUUUGAGUUGCUUGUUGGUAUUCCACCCUUCAAUGCAGAGCACCCUCAGAUUAUAUUUGAUAAUAUUCUUAAUCGUAAGAUACCUUGGCCAGCAGUUCCUGAAGAGAUGAGUCCUGAAGCACUGGAUCUUAUUGAUCGAUUAUUGACAGAAGAUCCUAAUCAAAGACUAGGAUCCAAAGGGGCAUCAGAGGUAAAGCAACAUGUUUUCUUCAAGGAUAUAAACUGGGACACACUUGCCAGGCAGAAAGCUGCAUUUGUUCCUGCUUCUGAGAGUGCUCUAGAUACCAGUUACUUCACUAGUCGCUACUCAUGGAAUACUUCUGAUGGUUUUGUAUAUCCAGCAAGUGAUGUUGAGGAUUCUAGUGAUGCUGAUAGCUUAAGUGGCAGCAGUAGUUGUUUGAGCAAUCGACAAGAUGAAGUGGGAGAUGAAUGUGGGGGUCUUACCGAGUUUGAUUCUGGCACAUCUGUCAAUUACUCUUUUAGUAAUUUCUCCUUUAAGAAUCUCUCCCAGCUUGCAUCAAUCAACUAUGAUCUCACCAAGGGAUGGAAAGAUGACCCGGCAACGAACUCUAGUGCAUAGCUGUAUUUAUUAUCCUGUGUCAAAGUUCAGAAUUUGGUUUUCGACCUAUGAUCCAAGCAAUUUUGGGGGCAUAAACACCUUUGUCAUUUGUAUACCUUGUACAUAUUUAGAGGUUCAAAGUGGUUCAGGAUGUACUCUUUGCUUGUUAGUUUACAGGGCAACAAUGGGGGGUUUCAAUCUUACGGUUAUUGGUAUUCACAAUUGUGUAUGAAUUGAGAAUUGUAAAUUUAAAAAAUGCAGAUCACAGUUGCUCACAUUAUUCUGUGGUGUGCUCUUUAUUGGCAAUGAGAACACAUCCCUUUUUGUUCAGGCCACUGUAAUAUUAUUUACUUACAGAAUUGAGAUGCUGCUGUGAAGUCUUUUCUGAACUCCCCUUCAAGCAUUUUCGAGACUUUUUUUA